AUGAGUUCAUGGGAAUCGUGUGAGGAUGGUAACCUCGUUCGCACUGGUGAAAUCGUUCUGUUCGUGCAAAAUGAGACCCGUUACCACGAAGGUGAUGGCAAUUUGAACUAUGACGAAGGCAAAUUAACGCUUUCUACGGAUAAUAUUUUUUUUCAGCCUAAGGGAGCAGGUCCAAUUUUUCUAAGGAUUCCCCUUGGUAACAUUGACAGUCCAAGCGGUGGCCCAACCGUCGUGGCUCAGUCAGAUGGGCGCAGUCCGAAGUUACACAUCCCUCUCACAGAAAGCGGGCAAAAAGCGGUAUUUUCUUUUAAAGUAGGCAACAUCAAAGAGUUUUGUGAGACUCUUCGUGAUGUGCUGCAGCAAAAAUUGUUACUGCUCCGACACAGUGAAAUGUUGACGGAACCACUGCCAUCUAUUACAGGCGUUGUCCAGGGGUCGAGUAAAGCAACACGUGAUGACAGUAGCGCAGCGCCAGCAAACGAGACCCUUUUAGCCUUUACGGACAAGGCUGGGAUCGCGGGUCUCAUGCGGGCAUCAGCGGAAAAGACGGCACAAGGGGAAACGUUACGUGACAUUGAUGAUGUCAUGCGUAAUGCCUCCUCCCUUGUGGCAUCCAUUCGAAAUCUGCAGCAAAAGCAGCAAAAUAUCGCUGGCACGACGAAGGCUGAAGAUAACAUGACAAUUGAGAGCAUCGAAGCAACGCUUGGCCUGGGUGCUACAGUGCGGGCAUCGGGAGCCGGCUGGGGGCUUGUGAGUGCGCAUGCGGGGUUUCACAAGGAACUUGCCUGGGAAAUACAUUCAUGGAUAACACACGAGAAAAACCAUCAUGUGUUCGGGUCGAUGCCACUGAUCCCGCUCAUCGAGCUCUUCUCCUUGUAUAACAAGGCUCGUGGCGAGUGCGAUUUGGUAUCAACAAAUGAUGUGCUGCACGCAUGUCGCGCGCUCGACCAACAGGAAUAUGCGCAAUACACACUAAAGCGUCUCUCAUCGGGUCGUUACGCUCUGCAACGCAAGGACCCCUCUAUUGUACUGAAGAAGUUAGAACACAUUCUUGGGCCUCGCUUAUGCAACGAGAAGGAAUCAGGAAAAUUCACCACGUCAGCAGAUUCUUCUCCUAUUCACAACGGAAGGGAUGGCGGGGUGACACAGCCGGUGACCCAAACGGCAGUAUUUCCAGAAUCUUCUUCUAUGCUGAAAGGCGUCAACGAAGUGACGUUUGCGUCUGUUUUGCAUGUUACAUGUUCGGUAUCCAUGGAUCUUCUGGAGGAAUUGGAAUUGCAAGGUUACCUUUGCAGAUCAGGUGGUGAGUUUGGUUGCUUUACGUUCCAUUGGAAUAUAUUUGUCUUUUAA